AAAGAAAGAAGAAAUAAAUUCAAUAUAAUUUAUAUUCAGUUUCUAUAUUGAGUUAUUUUAUCUUCUCCGUUUUUAUAACAUGUACAAAUUAUAUUUGUUUGUAUAGGGGAAAAGCCUUAGCACUUUUCAGCGCUUUCAAGUUUCAACUAUAGCACCCCAAAAGGAGCUAAUUGUGAAUAACUUAGAUUUGUUUCUUGCGCGGAGUAUUAAGUAGAACAAGCUAUGAGCUUCAGUACCACCACCGGGGGCAGCCAAACCUCUAGAACGGCAUUUGAAUUUGGAAGGACUCAUGUUGUCAGGCCAAAAGGGAGGCACCAAGCAACAAUAGUUUGGCUCCAUGGAUUGGGUGAUAAUGGCUCAAGUUGGUCACAGCUCUUGGAAGGCCUUCCCCUUCCGAAUGUCAAGUGGAUCUGCCCAACUGCUCCUACUCGUCCGCUGUCUCUAUUUGGUGGAUUUCCUUCCACUGCCUGGUUUGAUGUAAAAGAACUUUCUGAGAAUGCACCUGAUGAUGUUGAAGGAUUGGAUGCUUCAGCUGCACAUGUUGCAAAUCUCUUGUCAACUGAGCCUGCUGACAUCAAAUUGGGUAUUGGAGGGUUUAGUAUGGGUGCAGCAACUGCUCUGUACUCAGCCACAUGUCACGUUUUUAGCAAAUAUGGGAACACUAACCCAUAUCUGGUUAACCUAAGCUCUGUAGUCGGCCUUAGCGGCUGGCUUCCAUGUGCCAGGACACUAAAGAACCGAAUCCAAGAAUCAAGUGAGGCUGCAGAGCGUGCAACAUCAUUGCCCAUUUUACUAUGUCAUGGCUCUGGUAUAUCGUUUUAUUUAGGAAAAAGCAAUUUACGAUCUGCCGAGGGGUUUGACUAAGCUUGUCUAGAAAAUUCUUUUUAUACAUUGUUUUUUCUAGAGAUUUUUUAGAGCUUAUUGGAUACAUUUCAUAUUGUGUCAGUCAUUAAUUUUGUCAAAUUGCAUGAGGUAGUCUAAGGCUAUGUUUGGUAGCCAAAUAA